AUGUCGGUGUUGCGGAUCUCGAAACAACCAUGGGGGCAAUUCGGUUCUAUCAAACAGUCGGAGCAUUAUGCCGGCCCUGCUCCCACCAAUAGUGUGAAGUUUAACUAUGAUGGCACAUUUAUAAAAUCCAAAGAGGAGGCAGCAAUAGGAGUGAUAUUGCGCGAUUCCAAUGGUAACUUACUGGAGGGGAAAGCACUGAAGAUCCCAGCUACUUCCAGCCGCUGUACCGAAGCUGCCGCUGUGAGGGAAGCAUUGCUGAUGGUUAUGAGUAUGCAGCUGGAAAAUGUCAUAAUCCAAGGGGAUAACCCAGUGGCAAUCACUCUUAAGUGCCAACAAGAAUGA